GUGAUGCUAAGUUGGUGCGGUUCAAGGUGACCGACGUACCACAGUACCACGUGAAUCAGCAGCGUGCGAAAUGUAUCCGCUGGUAGGUGGUGGGGGUGGGUGCUGUAACAAACACAAGCGCCUAAUUUAACAGUGUUGCCGCAACAUCUCUACACUCCCCACAAUAGGAGAGAAGCUUCUUCACUCCACAGCCACAGGGUAGUAGAGAUACCCACUAAUUAUUGGUCUGUUCUUUUCUGGUGCAAUUUGCACGCAGCUAGCACCACUGCAUCAAUCAUUGUUUCAAAAUUGAUCGAUCCUGUGUUGAUAGUGGUAGCAAUGGAAGCAGAGAACAAACAAGUGAUCUUCAAGGGGUUCAUAGAGGGCACUCCAAAGGAGACAGACUUACAAGUAAUGGCUGGGAUUAGUAUCAAGCUCAAGGCUCCUAAAGGCUCUGGAGCUUUCCUGGUCAAGAAUCUCUACCUCUCUUGUGACCCUUAUAUGAGGGGACGUAUGCGUGAUUUUCGUGAUUCAUAUAUUCCUCCAUUCGUUCCUGGCAAGCCACUUGAAGGAUUUGGUGUCUCCCAAGUUGUGGAUUCUGAUAAUCCGAGUUUCAAGCCUGGCGACUUGAUCUCUGGCAUAACCGGAUGGGAAGAAUACAGCUUGAUUCGUAGAACUGAGCAGUUGAGAAAAAUUAAGCAAGAUGACAUCCCUCUAUCGUUCCAUUUGGGUCUUCUUGGUAUGCCAGGUUUUACUGCAUAUGCAGGCUUCAAUGAGGUCUGCUCUCCUAAGAAAGGGGAAUAUGUUUUAGUUUCUGCUGCUUCUGGAGCCGUGGGUCAGCUUGUUGGUCAGCUUGCUAAGUUGCUUGGCUGUCACGUAGUUGGAAGUUCUGGUUCAAGCCAAAAGGUUGAUCUUCUGAGGAAUAAGCUUGGUUUUGAUGAUGCUUUUAACUACAAGGAAGAGCCAGACCUCGAUGCAGCUCUGAAAAGGUACUUUCCUCAAGGCAUUGACAUCUACUUUGAUAAUGUGGGAGGGGAAAUGCUUGAUGCAGCGCUUCUCAACAUGAGAAUUCAUGGUCGAAUUGCUGUUUGUGGGAUGGUGUCUGAAAAAAAUCUCUCUGAUCCCGGAGGGAUCCACAAUUUAUACAAUCUCAUAACAAAGCGCAUCAGGAUGCAAGGAUUUCUGCAAAGUGAUUACUUGCACUUGUACCCGCGUUUCUUGGAAGAUGUUAUUAGCCUCUACAAGCAAGGGAAGAUUGUUUACAUUGAAGACAUGAAUGAAGGCUUGGAAAGUGCUCCAUCUGCGUUUGUUGGGUUAUUUUCGGGAAGAAAUAUUGGCAAGCAAGUCAUUCGUGUCGCAAGAUAUGAAUGAAUGAUUCUCGUACAUCAAAGAUGUACUGAAAUUUGACAAAAGAAGUUGUUGUUGUUGUUUUUUAUUUUAGGAUUAAAUUCAGUUUA